AUGAAAUAUUAGGAAUAAAUUUUAUUUUUGAUUAGUGGUAGUACAUUAAUCUAUUUUGCAUAUGAAAAUGAUUAUGAUAAUAUAAAGAAUAGAUACAGAGGAGUAAUUGGAAGCAUAUUAUUUAUAUGUAUGAUGGGUUCAUUAAGAUCAUAUGAUGGCCCAAUAAAACGGUUUUAGGGAUAUUGGAGAUUUAUGUUUUGGUUAGGAGUCUGUUAUAAUGCUUUUCUAAUAUUUAUAAUAUUUUAGAAUGAGAAUGAAGCAAGAUAAUUAAUGAAAUUGGGUGAUAAUAGUUUAGGGAAAUCAGUAACAAAAGAUAUGCAUACUUAUGAUGAUAAUUGUGAAUUUGUAUUAGUUAAUAUAGUGGAUAAUUUAGAUCAUUAUUUUUUAUUGCAUUGUUUGAAUUGGUUUUUGUUGUCAUUUUUAUUAAGAGAUGCAUGGUUAUUAAAUUUCUGGUAAUUAUUUGAUGAGAUAAUUGAAUUAUCUUGGUAACAUAUUUUACCUCAUUUUAGAGAAUGUUGGUGGGAUCAUGUAUUUUUAGAUGUAUUAAUAGGUAAUACCUUAUUUAUAUUUUUGGGAUUAUGGGUAAGUAAGAAAUUGGGAAUAGAAUAAUUUGAUUGGUUAGGUAGAAAAAAUAAAUCAUUUACAUAAUGGUUAGUUUGGCAUGAUUAUAAAUAUUUUGGAGCAACAUUUGGUACUUGGUUAGCAGUAACUAUUAAUUUUUUAACUGGAUUUUUCUUAAUGAAUUAAUUAUGGGUUCCUCCUAAAUGUUGGAUGGUAUCAUAUAGAUUAUUUGUUUGGUUUGGAAUGGGAGUACUUAGUUGGUAAGAAUAAUGGAAUGAUUUAAAAGGAAAUUAAGAAUAAUCAGGAUAAUGUCGAUAUUUAGUUGUAUGGACUCUUUUUGCAGAAAUAUUUAUCAGUAUUAAAUUUUUAAAAAAUGCUGGUAAUAUAUAAUAUGUUGAUACACCAUAUUAUAUAUCUAUAACAUGGAUUACAACCAUUAUUAUCAGUUUUCUAGUUUAUUUAAUAAUGAGAAUCAAAAAUUAAAGAAUAUUAAAAGUUAAAGCUUUGUGA